GUUUCCGGUGCAGGCGGCAGCGUGAGGCGCGCGCGGCCUUGCUCGAGCGCACUGCACGAGCGCACCGCACAGACAAAGGGCGGCGGAGUUUUUCCCAGGAUGUUCUGAGGCUGCACAGCUGCUCACAUUUCAGCCAAAAUGUCAAAGCGGCCCUCGUACGCGCCCCCUCCUCCCCCCGCCCCAACAACGCAAAUGCCUUCCACCCCGGGGUUUGUGGGCUACAACCCUUACAGCCAUCUGGCCUACAACAACCUCCGGCUGGGAGGGAGCUCCGGAGGCUCCGGCAGGAACUCCUCAGGGAUCACCGUCCCAAAGCCUCCCAAGCCUCCAGACAAGCCCCUGAUGCCUUACAUGCGGUACAGCCGGAAGGUAAGCAGGAAGGUAUGGGACCAAGUGAAGGCGUCUAACCCCGACCUGAAGCUGUGGGAGAUCGGCAAGAUCAUCGGGGGCAUGUGGAGGGACCUGACGGACGAGGAGAAGCAGGACUAUCUCAACGAGUACGAGGCCGAGAAGAUCGAGUACAACGACUCCCUGAAGGCCUACCACAACUCUCCAGCGUACUUGGCCUACAUCAACGCCAAGAACCGCGCAGAGGCCGCCAUGGAGGAGGAGAGCCGGCAGAGGCAGAGCCGCAUGGACAAGGGAGACUCGUACAUGAGCAUCCAGCCCGCGGAGGACCCGGACGAUUACGACGACGGGUUCUCGGUGAAGCACGCGGCCGCCGCUCGUUUCCAGAGGAACCACCGCCUGAUCAGCGACAUCCUGAGUGAGAUCGUGGUGCCCGACGUGCGCUCCGUGGUCACUGUGGGCCGCAUGCAGGUGCUCAAGAGGCAGGUGCAGUCCCUCAUGGUGCACCAGAGAAAGCUGGAGGCGGAGCUGCUGCAGAUCGAGGACAGACAUCAGGACAAGAAGAGGCGCUUCCUGGAGACCACAGACUCCUUCAACACGGAGCUCAAACGGCUGUGCAGUCUGAAGGUGGAGGUGGACAUGGAGAAGCUGGCUGCAGAGAUGGCCGCGGCGGAGGAGGCGGCUCGUAAACGCGCAGAGGAGCGGGAGAAGGAGGCGGCGGAGCAGGCCGAGAGAGCAGCCAAGCAACUGGAGGACAAACAGAACCACUCUGAGACCUCCGCAGCGGGGGGCAAGGACGAGGACAAGGACAUGCCCAUGGACACUGAUGAAACGUCCAGCGCUGAACCCGGACCCGAGUCCAAACCCUCGGCCGGUCCCCCGUCCGACCCGCCCUCCUACUCCUCGGACAAGGCCUCCCCGCCCCCCGAGCCCCCCGGCACCCCCAGCUCCGGCCGUGCCCCCAGCGAGGACAGCAACAGCCUGCCCGCCGCGUCCACGGAGGGACCCCCCGCCAGCUCCGCGCCCGCCGCCCCGCCGCUCCCCGAAGCCCCCGCGCCCAGCCAGCCCCCGCCGCCCGCCCCCGAGGAACCAGUGCCUCCCCCCGCGCUCCCCCCACAGCCGUUUGACAUGUAGCUCGUACGUGGCCAGGGUUGGGGUAUGAAAGAACGGCUACAUCCACGCUGAUGAAUCAAAAUAAAUUGUUUAAAUUGUGAAUAAAGAAAAUUUUAUUCUGUUAACUGGACAAAAGUUGAGAGUGAAUGUUUGGCCGCUCGUCCAAGAGGCUUCUUCAGUUCUGACAGGGUUCUUUUAAGUCACUGCCUUAUAUUUGUCUCAAGGGAUGAGCUGACUGCACUGAAACUAACACACCCUAGUUUUCUGAGGUCUGUAAAUCCAAGAGCGGUCCAAUGUAGAGAAGGUUUCCGCGGUUGGUCGUCAUCUGGACCCUGGACCGUGACGUUUCAGUUCCCAUCCCGAAGUAUAAAUGUUUGUGUCGCUCAUCAGAACGCAAACUGAAAUGUUUUGGUUAAAAAAAAAAACUAAAAAAACUGUCCAGGUGAAGAAGAAUCUCUUAAGUCCAUCAACCUCUUAAACUUCAGGACUUUAUUCUCAAAAUUACCAAUGUUUGAUAUAGGUAUUAAACUGUCCUAAGGUGUGGACUACCCUUAGGAGUGGACUGUCCUUAGGUUUGAGCUAUCCAAGAUUUUUUGUUACCUUAAGGUGUGCACUGCCCUAAGGCGUGAGCAUUCCAGUAAUUGUGGACUAUCCUAAUGUAUGAGAUACCCAGUAAUUGUAUGCUACCCUAAGGUGUGAGCUAUCCAGUAAUUGUUUGCUACCUUAAGGUGUGGACUGCCCAAAAGUGUGAGCAUUCCAAUAAUUGCGGACUGCCAUAAGGUGUGAGGUAGCGAGAAAUUGUUUGCUACCCUAAGGUGUGGAUUGCCCUAAGGUGUGGCCUGACCGAGGUUGUGACCUGUGCUAAAGUGUGAGCUGUCCACUAAUUGUUUUUGCUACCCUAAGGUGUGAACUAGCCAGUAUUUUUGCUACCCUAAGGUGUGGACUGUGCUAAAGUAGGAGCUAUCCAGUAAUUGUUUGCUGUCCUAAGGUGUGAGCAUUCAACUAAUUGUGGACUCUCCUAGGGUGUGGACUUUAAUAUAAUGUGGACUGCUCUAAGGUUUGAGCUAGCCAGUAAUUGUUUGCUGCCCUAAGGUGUAGCCUGACCUAGGGUGUGGACUGCCCAUAGAUGUGAGCUGCCCAGUAAUAGUUUGCUUCUGGUAGGGUAUGGACUGUCCUAAGGUGUGGCCUCUGCUGAAGUAGGAACUAUCAAGUAAUUGUUUGCUACCUAAGAUGUGAGCGUUCCAGUAGUUGUUUGGUAACCUAGGGUGUUGACUGUCCUAAGGUGUGAACUAUCCAGUAAGUUUUGGAUACUCGUUCCUUCCCUAAUGGGACAAUAUCAGCACACGGUGAAUAUCACUUUGUGCAUAUUUCCCUUCUUUUUGUCCAGUUAACAGACUUCAGUUUUCUUUUUUGCGACGGAACCUCCCUGAAUUACACAGAUAUUUGAAAAUGUAUUUGUGAUUUUUCGCGCGGACGUAGCCCCACUCGCCUCUCGAGAGACGGGAGACCGCAUGUUCACUCUCGCCUAACCACACCCAGCAUGCCCAGUUCACACCCAACCACGAUUUCUAUUCCAAUAAUCUGCACAGCCAAAGAAAACCAGGGAUUCAAAUCAGGAGCACACUGACCAAGCCAUUCCUCUGUCACGUUAAUACGCUCAGGAUGUGUCCGAGUCCACGCGGGGCCGCUUUAGUCCGCCGCCGGGAACUAGGUUUACUGAAAAUACUGAAAGUGCGACGAGGUUUACGACUAUGUUUCUAAACUGGACUAAAACGGUUCUGCUAACGCUGCGAAAAUGAGUUCAAAUGACCGGGAUUCUUAAUGUUUAUCAUGUUUUUUUGACUAGUUGCGUUAAUUUUGUGAGGCAAAAUUUUUUGACUAGUUUCAGUGAAUUUUCUAGAACACUUCAACUUCUUAAUAAAUCGUAAACAAAUCAAAAGGUUAAAAACAAAAGCAACAAUCUACUUCAGUGACUUCUUUUAGGGACAUACUUUUUGUAGUUUUAUUUCAAAUUAAAGACUUUAAGAAUUAUUUUAAGAAUUGAUUGGAUUUGAACUUCAAAAAUUAGUUCAAAUGACCAGGAUUCUCAAUGUUUAUCUUGUUUUUUUGACUAGUUGUGUUGAGUUUGUGAGGCAGAUUUUUUCGACUAGUUUUAGUAAAUUUUCUAGAUUCACAAAAUACAACACUUCAACUUUUUAAACCUUUUUAUUAUUAUUUUUUUUCAAUAAAAACAAAAGCAACAGUCUACUUCAACCACUUCUUCAGGGACAUACUUUUUGCUUCAGUGCUUUAUCAUAAUUUCAUUAUAAUAAUAUCAAGAUAAUUUUAUGAAAGGAAACAUUUUUUAAACCAGUCCAGAAUCUUGACCAACUUAACAAAACUGAUUCAGAUCUACUCAAAUUACAUUUUAAGAAUUGACUGGUUUUGAACUCCGAAAAUGAGUUCAAAUGACUAAGAUUCUAAAAUGGGGAAAAAAAAGUUUAUCCUGUUUUUUGUUUUUUUUUUGUCUAGUUGUGAUUAGUCAAAAAAUCUGGUCAUACAAACUAGUUUCAGUGUAUUUUCUAGAUUCACAAAAUACAACACCUUUUUAUUUCUUUACACUAAAAACAAAAGCAACAAUCUACUUCAACUACUUCUUUUAGGGACAUAUUUUUUAUGUAAUUUUAUUAUUUCAAGAAAGAAAAAAAAACAACCAAACUGAGUAAAGUAAAGAAAAAUAAACAAAAUGGACAGAUAAUUUUGUGAAAAAAAGAUUGAAACCAGUCCAAAAUGUCUUCCAAAAUCUAGACCAACUUGAGUCGGAUCUGCUCAAAUUACGUAUUUUCUAGAUUCACAAAAUACAAGAUUUCAAGAAAAAAAAGUUAAAUUGUCAAAAAAAAAAAAAACAAAAAAAAACACUGUCAGAUAAUUUUGUGAAAAAAGUAUUAAAAUAUUAAAAUCAGUCCAAAAUGGCUUCCAAAAUCUCGACCAAACCUUCUAACGAUAUUGAGUUGGAUCUUCUCAAAUUACGUUUUACGAAUUCCCUGGACUUGAACUCGUUUUCCCGGCGUUUUCCCCGUGUACUCCGCCGCAUGUUUUAGCUCAGAUGCUGUCACUUAAACUACUGUGAUGAGGGCAUUCAACGGUUUACUUCCAAUUCCACUGUGGUGUUUUUUUCACUCAAGCAAUUCCACAAAACGUGAGACGGCCUUUAGGAGGACCCCCCCCCCCCCCCCCCCAAUCUCCUCGUGAAACCUCAAUAUUUAACGACUACUCCUACUACUGUAUCUUUGUUUUUAGAGAGAGACUAGAAUAGAACUUUGACCACCACGCAAAAAAUCUCGUAUCAGUAACACGAAACGCCGCGCGCGCUUCGCAGUCGGCUCGGUAAAAAACGUCCCGAGGGCUGAUGGAGUUCGCACGGUGGAAAGUACAAGUCCUCGUAACGUCCUUCACUGUGUAGGGUUGCCACCGUUUUGAAAGCUACUGAUGAUCUCGUGUCCUUGAUUUGUCCUCUUCCUCCUCUUCUUCCUCUUCUCAGUGUAACCUCAGUCAUGUAUGCAUCGAAGACUGUUGUUUCUUACUAGAAUUGGACUGUUUUAGUAAUAAAGAAUUAUAGCUUUGUUUUUGCAUCUUUUGUACUUCCUGAAUUUCUCUAUCCGAAUAAAGAGUUUCUGUUACUGA